UGUGUUGUGUGACGUCGCAGGUCACAUGGCGAGCGUCAGCUGUGUUGCAGGAAGUGAAGCAGUCAUGGCGACGCCAGGAGCGUUACUCUCUGAAUCUGUGCUAGGAUGGUCUAUUUUCACUAUUGUUUUACUGGUCAUCUUGGCCUUCUGCUGGGUUUACAUUCGGAAAUAUCAGAGCCGGCAGGAGAGCGAAGUUAUCUCCACCAUCACUGCGAUAUGCGCUCUGGCCAUUGCGCUCAUCACAUCGGCCCUUCUUCCUGUUGAUAUCUUCCUAGUGUCCUUCAUGAAGUAUCCCAAUGGCACUUACAAGGAAUGGGCGGCAAAUAAUGAGACACGGCAGCAGAUCGAAAACACAGUUUUGUACGGCUACUACACUCUGUAUUCAAUCAUUCUGUUGUGCGUCUUCCUCUGGAUCCCCUUUGUGUAUUUCUACUACGAGGAGAAAGAUGAAGACAACAGCAACAAGUGCUUGCAAGUGAAAAAUGCACUGAAGUAUACAAUAGGAUUUGUGAUUGUGUGUUCAGCGCUGCUUUUGAUUGGGACAUUUGUUCCGUUGGAAUCUCCGCCGAACCGGAACUCCACUCAGUGGGAGAAGGUGCAGUAUCUAUUCGAGGAGCUGGGAAGCAGCCAUGGCCUGGCCGCCCUGUCGUUCUCCAUCAGCUCGCUCACCUUGAUUGGCAUGCUGGCAGUGAUCACAUACACGGCGUACGGGAUGUCCGUUCUGCCGCUGAACCUGAUUAAAGGCACGCGCAGCAUCCUGUAUGAGCGGCUGGAGAACACUGAAGACACGGAGGAGGUGGAGCACCAGAUAGACAAGCUCAAAGCCAAGUGUGCCGAUGGGCGUCCUCUCUCUAUGAGAGACCGGAGGAACCUCCAGGAUCUUGAAGCCAAGCUACAGGUGCUCCGUCGGCAGGGCCGUCACCUUGAGAUUGCAGAGAGGAACUGCUGCAAUAAAGUGGGCUCAGCUCUCCGUCCCAUGAAGAUCUUGCUCGGGGUCUUCUUCAUCCUGGUGGCCCUUUUGUUCUUCGUGACCUUGUUUAUUUCUAAUCUGGAUAAAGCUUUACAUUCAGCUGGUAUCAGCACUGGAUUUAUCAUCUUUGGGACCAACCUAACCAACCCUCUUAAUGAGCUACUGCUGGCACUGCAACCGGUUUUCCCGCUGGACUAUGUUCUCAUCACGAUCAUCACCAUGUACUUUGUCUUCACCUCCAUGGCUGGGAUCCGUAACAUGGGGAUUUGGUUCUUCUGGAUAAGGCUGUAUAAGAUCAGGCCUCAGAGAACCCGACCGCAGGCCCUCCUCUUCCUCUGCAUGAUCCUGCUCCUCAUCGUCCUCCACACCAGCUACAUGAUUUACAGUCUGGCCCCGCAAUACGUCAUGUACGGCAGCCAGAAUUUUCAUCCCCAGACCCCGCUGCCCACAGCAGACCCAUCACAGGGCAAUCACACCGCUGCCAUCACUAAGAUAUGUGACGCAGACGCUCCUGAAGACCAGUGCACAGUAACAAGAUCAUACCUGUUCCUGCACAAAUUUUGGUUCUUCAGCACCAUCUACUAUUUUGGCAACUGGGCUUUCCUUGUGGUCUUUCUUAUUGGUUUGGUUGUUUCAUGCUGUAAAGGGAAGAAAUCUGUGAUCGAAGGGGAAGUUGAUGCAGAUGAUUCAGAUUUCAGUGAUGAUGAAUAUGUGCAUUAACUUUGUACUAAAAGUCCUGUUUUUACUUGGUUUGGUUACUAGUCAGAGCUGGAAUUUAAAAAAAAAAAGUAAAAUAGUUUAAAAAUAACACAUAUUUCGUUCAUCAUUCAAAGAGAGAAAUAUUGUUGUUAUAUAAGAUUUGAUUGAAUGUUUUGAUGCCAAAUAGGUUCUGUGUCAUUAGGCAUUAUCAUGUUUAACUGAUAGUAGUAGUCUGAUUUUGCACUGCAGUCUAAAAUAAAUCAACAAAAAAAAGUUUUCUCUCUAAACAUGACCAAAUUUAAUUUGAAAUAAGUUUAAAAGGUUCGAAUAUUUUUGUCAAUGUGAAUAAAAGGUUUGAGAUCCUUCUGCUGAUUUAUUUAAGGAAUUUUUUUUUAUUUCUUUUUGUGCAUAUCUGUAAUUUUUGUCUAGGCAUAAUGCUCCAGUGUUUCUGAUGUGUGUUACUUUAAUCUCUGAGGCUGAAUUGCUAUCAUACUGCUUGUUGACAACAGUUGAUUUAUUUCACAUAAUUUUUAUUUUGAAAUUAUUGGACUGAACUUGCAAAUUUCUAGAGAUGAUGAUUAAGAUUGUGUAAAAAAAUUAUUUAUCAUACAGUAUUGGCCUGUUAUGCUGUUUCCUGAAUUUAACAUUUCUUUUGCAAGAUGUUUCUGUUAUAAUGCAGUUUUGAGUCAUUAAUAAAGCGUACAACAGUAUCUCUGGUUUUAAAA